AUGGCUGAAGAAGAGCCAGAUGACAAUGUUGCUGCACUUCCUCCCGUGGUGAAUGAAGAAGUAUCACCAGGAAGUCAAACGUGCAGAUAAAUAAAAAAAGUAUAAAAAAGACAGAAGUAAAAUAAUUUAAUGGUUUACCGCUGAGGCACUGAGCAAAGGAGAUUUUUUGUACGCACGUUAUAUUAGCUUUCAUCAGUCUUCAACUUGCUAUGGCUGAAGAAGAAUCAGUCGAUUUAAUGACUUGGUUGUUAUCUAUAUUUCGAGAGGUACUGUGCAAUGGUCUUGAUCAUUCAAACUGUCUGUCAUGUCAACACGUCUUCUCCUAUGUAUGGGAUAACUUCAACAAAUCUUACUCCCAUCGAGACAUCACGCGCUCCAUCAAAUUAAAUUUUCCUAGCUCAAAGAAGUUACAAAUUGGUGACGAGGAGAAGACGAGGAUAUUUUGUGGACUUGGUUUUCAAACCGAUAAUAAGACUAACUGUAAACCCUCUGAUAUUGCCGGCCGAAUUUUGUGUUGUUUUGAGUUAUGGAAACAAGCUCGUGAUAACGAAGUCAAGGAGAAGCUGAAACGUGAAAUGCAACAAUUGGUUUUCCACAAUCCUGGACCGUCCACUAAAGAUCUACUUGGAUUUAAGCCCGAAUUUAGUAAUCGGGAAAGACGGAAAUUGAAUCGUUUAUUAGGCGAUAAGUCAUCGAACCAGGGAAAGCGUGGUAAGAAGACUAAAAAAGCCACACUUCAUGACAAUAACGGUUGUUUAAAAAGCACUGGUCAAGAUUUAUGUGACUGCAUGAUUGCUGACUGUCCAGGAUGUCACUAUCCAUGCCCACAAUGCAAUUCGGAAAAAUGCGGCUCAACAUGUCGCUGCGAUCGUAAAUGGACGUACGAUUUGGUUGUCUACGAUACCAAGUAAUAUGGUGGCUAUAAAAAUUCGUAGUUGGAAUGGAAAAGAUUGCCAUAAAAUAAAGAAAGAAUACAUUAUUGGAAGAAAGGAAACUUGCUUACUAGCUCCUACAAAACCAUAGGCUAAAGUUUAACGAUAAAGCAAUAAACUUCAAAAGUGAAAAUUGACAGCAGCGCGCUUCUUGAAAGUAAGGUGAAUUUUAUGAAGAGUGAGUACACGCAUUUCGGUUAGAGAUGUCUGAUGGUAUAUUUUUAUUGUGUAUAUAUGUUAAAAAAAGUGUUUUAUAUCGAUUUAAAGAUUAGCUUUAUAUUCUUUAUAAAGAAGAAAUUUUUGAUAAAAUAUA